AUGAGUCCAGCAGAUGCCGGUUGCUUGGUCUCUCUAAUCAAAAACUUGGAGCUGCAAUUAUCACUGGGUGACGUGGAGGAACUGGUGAAGUUAAUGAAAAACAUCUCCAAUGAGAUCACCAGAGAGACUGGAGCCACUACAAAACCACGAAAUUCAGUUCGAGCAUCAUUGAGCAAGAAUGUGGACCAAACUAAAUUUGGUAGCUUGGCCAAUGCCUUCGCAAUCAUUUUUGUCGAAGUGUUCGAAGUGGGUACUUUGGCUGCCUGCGAUUGGGAGAUCAUCGAAACUGCACUGGAAUGCAUUGUUGCAGCAAAGCAUGUGAGAGACUUCGAGCUCUUGGACUGGGUCCAAGAGGAGGAAGCGAGAAAAGCUAGGGAAGCAGAGGCGCUGAAGGAGAAAGAAAAUGCUGAGAAGGCUGAACAGGAGAAACUCAAACAACAGCACAUCAUGCGUCUGCAAGAGAUCAGAGAGGUCAAAAAACAAUGCGAACGUGAUGAAGCCAAACUUGUGGCGACAUGUCGAGAAUCUUCCAGCUCGCACUAUGUGGAUGGAGCUCCCAAACCAGCUGAUUUAUUCCGAGGAGACACACCCGAGAUGAAAAAGCCGAAAAACGACUAUCAUGCCAAGUUACCAAGCGGCACGCCAGAAUCUGCCAGAUCAUUCAUUGGUUUGGUGAAACUCUUGAAGAAGCAGCUUACACUGGAGGAUGUACACCAGUUGGCAGUUUUAUCCAAGUCCAUGAAGGAGGUUACAACAAUUUGGCAAAAACUUCUGUCCGACAAUGGGAACGUACUGCCUCCAGAGUGGAACGCAGAAGAAGAUUUGAGAAAUGUGCAACAUCGCUGUGAUGACACACUCUUCAGUCAGGUUGGGAAAGCUCUAGCAACAGUGUUGACCGAAUUGUUGCAGGUGAUUGACCUCGACAUUGAGAAUCUGACUGACAUUGUGGAACAUCUCGACAACAUGUCAUCAACCAAGCAGAAUUUGAACAAUGGUUCAGCACUGGAAAAAAGAAAAUUGGAAUCUUGUCAGAGCCAAGAUGACAUUAGACGACAGAGCCUGAAACAGCUGCGGGCACUGCGACAGAAAAGAGAAGCUGUUGAAGACGAAGAAAAACAGAUUGAAGCACUCAUUGCCGACAUUGACAAACGUCAGAACAGUGCUAAGUUCUCCAGUACAGCAGCAAGCAAAUUUGCUGUGGUUCAGCAAUGGCAGGAUCAAGCAAUGUCGCAUAAACAGUGCACAUCGAAACGAGGAAAACCAACCUUGGAGCAGCGACAGCUGAAGAGAAGAAGAUCGUAUUUGAAAACUUAUGAAGAAAGAAAGAAGAAAAAUGAACUGAUUCCAAGAGACAUCAGCAGAGAGGAGCUCGAAAAAAACUUUCUGGAUGCUUUGAACAAGUGCCAGCUGAUGGGGAAAUUGAGGCAGAUGAUAGUGGUUUACGAACCACACAAGAAGCUUAUGCCGGAUGGCAGUGCACACGAAAUGCACUACCACGUUUGUUUCAAGAUGUCUGCAAACUUUGCCCACAAAGGGGUGUCCAACACACUUGCUCAACACUACGGGCUACAUGGACACAUGUCGUACCCGAGGAAAGGCUGGUACCAAAUGGCAAAGUACGUGCUCACAGACUCUGCUGUGAAGCUACCCGUACAUUUAGACCCCCACUCCAUUAUUCUGGCCGACAAGAAUGACAAAAGAAGACAUGCUGAAGAAGAUGCAGCUCACCGAAGAGGACUACUUGAAAAAAAGAGCGGAAGAAAAUAG